AUGGCCGAGGCCAGGAAGCGGCGGGAGUGCUCACUCAGCCUCCCUCAGGACAGUGGGGCCUCUGGCCUAGGCCCUACAGGCCUGGAUGACACGGCUUCUGCUUCUACCAAGGAACGGAAAACCUUCCUGACUCAGCCUGUGACCCUCCUGGACAUCUAUACUCACUGGCAACAAACCUCCGAACUUGGCCAGAAGCGGAAGGCAGAGGAGGAUGCGGCGCUGCAAGCCAAGAAGACCCGUGUGUCAGACCCCAUCAGCAGCUCAGAGAGCUCGGAAGAGGAGGAAGAGGCAGAAGCCGCAACUGCCAAAGCCACCCCGAGACUAGCAUCUGCCAACUCCUCAGUCACGGGGACAGAUUUGUCAUCAAGCAUAAAAGGAAAAGCCACGGCGAAGGCCAGCAAGACAGUGAACUCCACGCCACACCCUGCCUCCGGGAAGGCGGUGGCCCACUUCCUCUCUGGGAGGUCCCCCAGGAAGUCGGCAGAGCCCUCGAUGAAUGCAGUCUUGGCCUCAGAAACCGAGGAGGAGGGCAGCGUCCCAGCUCACGGAGCUGCCGCCAAGCCUGGGAUGGUGUCAGCGUGCCAGGCCGGCAGCUCCAGCGAGGACACCUCCAGCUCAAGCGAUGAGACGGACGUGGAGGUGAAACUCUCAGUAAAGCCAGCCCAGGUCAAAGUCCCGCCAGCCCCUGCCAAGGAGUCUCCAGCAAGAAAGGCAGCUCCGGCCACUGGGAAAGUGGGGGCAGUGACACCCCAGGUCAAAGCAGGUGUGCUGACCCCAGCUGUGAGGGCUAAGAGGCCAGAAGAGGAGUCAGACAGUAGUGAGUCUGAGAGUGAGGAGGAGGCCUCUGCAGCGACACCCAGCCAGGUAAAGGCCUCUGAGAAAACUCUGCAGGUCAGAGUUGCCUCAGCUCCUGCCAAGGGGACCCCUAGAAAAGGAGCCACCCCAGCUCCCCUUGGGAAGGCGGGGAAGUCAGAGGGGGACUUGGAGAGCAGCAGCGAGGAGGAGUCGGACAGUGAGGAGACACCGGCAGCUGUGACCCUACUUCAGGCAAAGGCCCCAGUGAAGAACCCCCAGGUCAAAGCUGCCUCAGCCCCUGCCAAAGAGUCCCCCAGGAAAGGGACCCCUCCAGUACCCCCUGGGAAGACAGGGCCUACAGCUGCCCAGGCUCAGGCAAGGAAGCAUGAAAACUCAGAGAGCAGCAGUGAGGAGUCGGACAGCGAGGAGGAGACGCCGGCAGCCGGGACUGCAACCGCAACCCCAGCUCAGGCGAAGCCCUUGGGGAAGAACCUCCAGGUCAGACCUGCCUCCACCACGGGCGGAGGGCCUCCAGUGAAAGGCACUGGCAUGAAGCCCCCUGGGAAGGCAGGUGCUACAGCCCCCUCGGCCCACGUGGGGAAGCCAGAAGAAGACUCGGAGAGCAGCAGCGAGGACUCGGACAGUGAGGGGCAGGCACCUGCGGCUGCAGCCCUGGCUCUGGCCAAGCCCCAGGGGAAAAUUCUCCAGGUCAGGCCUGCCUCAGGUCCCACCAAGGGCCCCUUGGGAGCAGGAGCGACCUUGGUGACCCCGCAGAAGGCACCGUGGCCUGUGACCACCCAAGUCAAGUCUGAGAGGUCCAAGGAAGACUCAGAGAGCAGUGAGGACUCAUCUGACAGUGAGGAGGAGGCUCCCGCAGCCAUGACUCCAGCUCAGGCAAAAGUAGCCCCCAAAACUCCUCAGUCCAAGGCCUCCCCAAGGAAAGGCACCCCCACUACCCCUGCUUCUGCCAAGGCCGGCCCUAUGCGAGUGGGCACCCCAGCCCCCUGGAAAGCAGGAGCAGCAGCUUCUCCAGCCUGCCCAGGCCCAGCUGUGGCCCAGGGUGCCCAGCAGCCAGAAGAGGAUUCCUCCAGCAGCGAGGAGUCAGAGAGCGAGGAGGAGGCGGCUCUGGCCAUUUCAGGGGCACAGAAGUCUGCAGGGAAAGACCUCCAAGGGAAAGCUGCCCCCAUGCCUCCCAAGGGGCCCUCAGGACAAGGGGCCACCCCAGUACACCCUGGGAAAGCAGGGCCCUUAGUCACCAAGGUCAAAGCUGAGGUGCACAGAGACUCUGAGAGCAGCGAGGAGGAAUCAGACGAGAGCAGAGGGGAAGCAGCCAUGAUGCCAGCCCAGGUGAAGGCCUCGGUAAAAACCUCUCCAGCCAAAGCUAGUCCAGCUUCCAACAGAGUGUCUUCACUCAAAGGCGCAACACCAGCUCCCGGCAAAGUUGUCACUGCAACUCUUCAAGCCAAACAGGAGUCCCUGGCCAAGGGAAAGCCUCCAGUGAGACCCCUCCAGAAUGGCGCCGCCUCUGCAAGGGGCCCUGCGUCCCAGCCAGUGGUGCGGAAGGUGCUGACCACAGCAGCCCAGGCCCAGACAGGGCUAGUCCAAAGACCAGAGGAGGACUCAGAGAGCAGUGAGGAGUCAGACAGUGAAGAGGAGGUGCCAGCUCAGGCAAAGACCCCAGGGAAGACCCCUCAGGUCAGAGCUGCCUCAGCCCCUGCCAAGGAGUCCACCCCAAAAGAGACUCUUCCAGCACCCCCUAGGAAGAUAGGGCCUGCAGCCGCCGAGGCUCAGGUAGGGAAGCGAGAAGAUUUGGAGAGCAGCAGUGAGGAGUCGGACAGCGAGGAGGAGACGCCGGGCCAGACGACGACCCCAGGGAAGACCCCUCAGGUUAGAGCUGCCUUGGCCACUGCCAAGGAGUCCCCCCGGAAAGGGACUCUUCCAGCACCCCCUGGGAAGACAGGGCCUGCAGCUGCCCAAGCUCAGGCAGGGAAGCACGAGGACUCGGAGAGCAGCAGCGAGGAGUCAGACAGCGAGGAGGAGACGCCAGCCCAGGUAAAGCCUACAGGGAAGACCUCUCAAGUCAGAGCUACCUCAGUCCCUGCCAAGGAGUCCCCCAGGAAAGGGGCUCCUCCAGGACCACCCCCUGGAAAGACAAGGCCUGCAGCCGCCCAGGCUCAGGUGGGGAAGCGAGAAGACUCGGAGAGCAGUAGUGAGGAGUCGGACAGCGAGGAGGAGACACUGGCCCAGGUCGUGGCCCCUCAGAAGGACAGUAACUCCCAAGCUGCUAGAAGCAAGAGCCUGACCUCAGGACCCCAGGAGAACAACGCGGAGGGGUCCUCCGAAAGCAGUGAUGAGGAGCUACCAUCGGGCCAGGUGAUUAAAACCCCUCUGAUUUUUGUCGACCCUAAUCGUAGUCCAGCUGGCCCAGCUGCUACCCCCGCACAAGCCCGGGCAGCGAGCGCCCCAAGAAAGGCCCGGGCCUCGGAGAGCACGGCCAGGAGCUCCUCCGAGAGCGAGGAUGAGGACGUGAUCCCCGCUUCGCAGUGCUCGAGUCCCGCCAUUAGAGCCAGCGUGGUGACUGUGCCCAGUGCCCGCCCACAGAUCGCCCCCAGGGCCAGUAGCAGCAAGGAGCCCAAUCAGGUGUCAGAAGGCAUGAAACAGGAGGGACCACCCAGUCAGGUGACAAAGAAGAGCCCGACUUCCCUCCCGCUGACCCAGGCUGCCCUAAAGGUCCUCGCCCAGAAAGCCAAUGAGGCCCAACCUUCUCCUGCCAGGGCCCAGUCUUCAAUAGGGGUUGAUGGUGCUGUGGGAACACUUCCUGUGGCGAGCCCCCAGAGGACCAAAGUGACCAACAAGCUGAGAACACCCAAGCUUCCUGCGGGCCAGCGGGCCACAGCCACCGCCUCGGGACACUCCAAGGCCAAAGCCCCCAGGAGCUCAGAUGACAGCGAGAACAGCAGUGACAGCUCUUCAGGGAGCCCCAAGGGUGCUGGAGGGCCCCCAAAGGCCAAGUCGGCCCACAGUCUGGAGCCAGUCCCCUCUGGGAAAGAGACCUUGGUGGAGGAGACCUCUACAGAGUCCAGCGAGGAGGAGGUGGUGGCACCAUCCCAGUCUCUCCUCUCAGGGUAUGUGACCCCUGGGCUGACCCUGGCCAAUUCCCAGGCUUCGAAGACUGUUCUCAAGCCAGACUCCAGAACCUCGGUUUCCUCCACUCUGGCCGUCAAAGAUGACCCACACAGCAAGCGGGAGGCAGAGUCCCAACAAGCAGCAGGCGCCAUGUCCCCUAAAACAGGCCGAAGAGAGGCCACCUUGGGCCCCACCCCUCAGAAGCCCCGGAAGCCUAAGGAGGCCAUGAGCUCCCAGGCCUCACUGCAGAGCCACAUCACGCAGCGCCUCCUAGGCGAGCCCUGGCCACUGAGCGAGGCCCAGGUCCAGGCCUCAGUGGUGAAGGUGCUGACAGAGCUGCUGGAGCAGGAAAGGAGGAAGGCUGCCGAGGCCACCAGGGAGGGCAGCCGGAAGGGCCGAGCCGGCCGCAAGCGGAAGCUGUCGGGAGACCAGCCCGCAGCCAGGGCCCCCAAGAGCAAGAAGAAGAAGCAGCUGGUAUCUGGCGAGGGCACAGAGGGCACUGCUGCCCCAGAAAAGGCCUCCAGGACUCCUAAGGGGAAAUCAAAGAGCGACAAAGCGAGUGGUGAAGGCAAAGAGAAGAAGGGGAAGGGGGCUCCCGGCUCUGGAGGGGCCAAGGACAAGCCGGAAGGGGAGCUGGGGCUGAUGAAGGUUGAGGGUGGAGAUCUAAGUGACCCAAAGAGCAAGAAAGAGAAGAAGAAAUCCGACAAGAGAAAAAAAGACAAAGAAAAAAAGGAAAAGAAGAAGAAAGCAAAAAAGACCUCACUCAAAGACCCUGACUCAUUUCAGAAGAAAAAGAAAAAAAAGAAGAAGACAGCGGAACAGACCGUCUGAGGGCCACAGGCACAAGGCCCAGGGCUUUCUUAACCAUGCGGUGACCACCCCGUGCCUCUGACCUCUGCCCGCUAAGGUUGGAACUGAAUUUUAACUUCCCUCCCUCCACAGCAGAAGACAGCCAGCCGCAGGGUCCCAGUGUGGGCUGGGCCGAAGGGCAUAGCCCAAGACCUCACCCCCACUCUCCCCAACACCGGACGCUUCAUAGAGAUGUGUACAGUAUAUAUAUUUUUUUAAGUAACCUGCCUCUUUCUCAAACCCACCACGCCCAGAGCGUCGGGACUCUCUACCACUUGCUCCGCAGACCCCGUGAGGCCCAACCUGCAGCUCCUCGUACGCCUCUCAGUCUCCAGCUGACCCUGGGGCUUUAGCCUCCUCCUGUCAGUUUUUCCAGUUGGUUUUGGGUUUUGUUUUUGUUUUUCUAAGAACUCAGAAAAUAAAAAAAACUUGAACGGUUCAAGUUCCCAAUGUAUCUGGGGCUAAUGUUUUGCGAUGGCCUUACUCUUGGAAGGGAUGGUCCAACUAACACCGGGAGGUGAACAGCCAGCCAGGACUGCUUCCUUCUGACUAUGUAUCGAGGACCAGGAUACGAUGGCAAGUGGGACAGAGUUCGCCAGAGGAAUUGGCUCUGUGAAGCACCCUGGGUGCCUAAGUGGUGGGGAAGGCUUCCUGGAGGAAGUGACAUGUCAGCUAAAGGGGAGCUGGGGGAAGAUAGGAGCUGGUUUCUGGAUGCUGGAGCAGGGUAUGCAGAUACCCAGAGGCCAGAAAUAGAGGCCGCCUUUUGGACUCAGGACGAGCAGGGGCAGGUUCACUUGGGGGUUGUGGUACAGGAUAGCCACGGCCAUGAUGGGAGCCGGGAAGCCAGCCAGGAGUGACUGCCCUCACACCCAGCUAAUGCUCUCUGCUGGUCAGGCCAGAAGUGGAGGAGUUGGAAGGAUGUCAGGGUGCCAUCUGGGGGUCUGGGUGCUGGCUUGGGCGUGGACAAAGGUACCCAGGAUGUCUGCGCUGCCCUGGGCCAGAGCAUGGCACCCCGGAGGUCCAACGCAGUGUAGAAAAGUGCGGGGCUGGUGGUCUUGGGAGCGGCACCCUCGACUCAGGGCCUAGGCCCUGUGUCCCCACCGAGUGUUGGUCAGAACACAGCCUCAGAGUCAUGGCCGCGCUGGGCUUGAUUGAUCCACUUACCCUUUUUGAGUAUUAGUACACCUUAUACUUUAAAAUGGAGGACUUCACUGAAGGUCUUGGUUGGGGGCUCCUCUUGAAAAGCCAACAGAUUGGGCAACAGUUCCAAGCUGCCUUCCGGCAACGGCAACUAGCGCUCACUAGUGAGUGGCCAGCCCCUGGAGAGGGCCCGUUCGCCCGCUCUCCACAGUCCCCACUUCCUGCCCUCCAUCACCCCAAGGCUAAUGGGCCUGUCCUCAUGCGAGUGUUGACCGCAGUAUGGGAAUGAAGCUGGCAUGUGGGAAGUGAAAGCAGGCCCAAGAGGAGCUUGGACUUAGAAAAUGGCAAGAACCGAUUACUUUGGGGGAGUCAAGUAUCCGUGUGUGUUAAACUUGCAGCCACGUGCGUGAGUGUCCAGGGACCGCAGCCCUGGGCCCCUGGCCUCAGGCUUGUGUCUGCGCUUGGACUGUUCUCGCAGAUGACUUGGGGUGUUUGGUUACCUCUGGGGUAAAGGCGCUGGGUCCGCAGAGAAGAGCCGGAGUCCGUCUCCUACUCACUACCUUUUAUUCUGUCCUGAGCCGGGGCCCUGAGGGCCAAUGAGCUGCGGGGCUGAGCAGUGGGAACGGGCUUGGCGGAAGGUGGUUGAAGGGUUUGGGGUGGAGAGGCUGGACUCCAGGGGAGUGGCGCUGGCGGAGGGGAGAAGACUGCAGAUGUGUCCAGCCUGGGGUUUGGGGAGGGUCACCCCCUCCCCUGUGCCUUCCAUCCUCAUCCCUGAGCCUAGGUCGUGGGGCCCA